AUGAGUAGCACAAGUGGAUUUGGUCACAGCAGCAACUACUCGUUUGACGACUCGGAUCCGUUUGGUUCCACUGGUCCGUUUAAGCACGGAUACGGAAACGGCGAUACGUGGAAGCGGACAUGGGGAAACGAUUGCCUUUCAUUUCUGUCAUCAAAAUCACUGGAAAAUCCCAAGAGAGUUGAUAAAGAUUUGCAUGGUUUCGGGCCUCUGUUCGAUGAAACUCUCGGAAUUUUAGGAACUGAAAGUAUUGCGGCGGAUAGAGAUGCUCCAUGUGGAUUUUCGAUAUCGAAAGAAUCGCAGUUGAAAGGAAAUACGGCAGGUGUGGAAUCAAAACUGCACCAGCUGCAAGGUGUUUGUGAAAAUGCCGAGGAGAAAUCAGACCAAAUAAAUAUUGGGAAUUUAUCGGCUUUAGGAGAUAACGAUAAUGCAAUUUUGGAUGGAAUCGAAUUCACGGAUGUUUAUCCAAUCGUUCGUAAGGUGACUGAGAUUGUUAGGACUGAAAACAGUGUGCCGCCGAUGGAGGAGAGGCUCGAAAAAGCUGAUUUCAACUACAAUGAGGAAGUUGUCGAGAAGGUAUUGAAGAAUUGUUUCAAAUAUCCUCAUUUGGCUUUGAGGUUUUUCAAUUGGGUGAAAUUUAGUAAAGGGUUUCGGCACACGACGAACACUUUUACUAUGAUGAUAAACGUAGCUGGGGAAGCUAAGGAGUUAAGUUUGGUGGAGGAUUUAGCCGAAGAAAUGGUGAGGAGUUCUUGUAAUAUGAAUGUUAAGACGUGGACUAUUCUUCUGUCGCAUUAUGGUAAAUCGAAAUUGAUUAGCAAAUCGUUAUUGGUGUUUGAGAACAUGAGAAAAUCUGGUGUCGAGCCCGAUGCGAUUGCUUACAGAAUAAUGCUCGGUGCUCUCUGUAAUGGUGGAAGAUCCGAUCUUGCAUUGGAGUUCUACAAAGAUAUGGUACAUAAUGAGGUGAAUUUAGAUUUGGGCUUGUGUAAACAAUUACUCAAGUGCUUUGCAUUGUCUGGAGAUGUUACUUCCGUUUAUUUAGUCGGUGAAAACAUGAAAAAAAAUUCCGAGAUUUCCGAACCUCAGAUUUACCAUUUAAUGCUGAAGAGUUUCUGUAUUGCAGGGAGAAUAAGAGAAUCUUUAGAAUUAAUUCGCGACUUGAAGAAUAAAAAUGUUAUUCUCGAUGCUGGAAUAUUUGAAACAUUAGUGAAAGGGCUUUGUAGCAAAGAUAGGAUUACGGAUGCAAUGGAAAUACUUGAAAUAAUGAAGAAAAAGAACGUAUUUGAUGAGAAUAUAUACCGAAUUCUUAUAAGUACGUAUCUGAGAAGAAAUGAAGUCGCUGAAGCACUUAGUCUUUUCGAAGAAGCGAAAAAAUACGGAAAUAUCUCGGUCUCUACUUACACGAAUUUGAUGCAACACCUUUUCUGGAAGAACGAAUUUCAGAAGGGGUUGGAGCUCUACGAUGAGAUGCUCGAAAUGGGAUUGGAAUUAGAUUGUGUGGCUAUAACUGCUGCGGCUGUUGGUUACGUUCGAAAAAAUUGCAUUUCCGAAGCAUGGGAAGAAAUAAUGGCGGAAGAGAACACGGUGCGAACAAUGGUGAAAUUCUUGUCACACGAGCAAUCGGAGGAGAGAGAAGAGGUUGUUUCUUUGUUGUACGAACUUUCUAGAUCGGAGAAGCUAUGUGAGAAGAUUGGUUCACGUGAGAACAACGUAAGACAAAUGGCUGAUUGCGGCAGAUUGCAGCCACUUCUUACGCUAUUACUCGGAGGUAAACUCAUCAACUUUUUGCAAAAUCUUUUUUCAGUAAGCAGAAAUCAGUGA